AUGCUUCUCGAAAUCAUACUCUGGUUUGGACUCUUUCUAGAUGUAUUGGAAAGUUUCAGUCCUCUUGCCCCAUCUAUAAAGUCGUCUUCCAUAAUAUCGACAACACGCAUCAGUAUCAUCCUAAAAUCCGAACUCGACCAUGUAGGUUCUACGAGUUUGGGGACGACCACCUUUGUCCUCCCAGCCUUUAACCACACUUGCAGCGCCGACUAUCCCUCCCCAUUGCACAAGAUUCAUGUUGAAACGCUGAUGACCAGAGAAGAAGCUAGCACCUGCUGCAGUAUAUCCCAAGAGUUUGCGCAACAAACGGGCAAGUGGAAUGCUCCCGACAGCGAAAGGCACGAAUCCUAUGCCACUUGUGAUUUUCCCGUGGAGGACAGUGAAAAAUUGGAAGGCUUUUUGCAUGACAUUGGAUUUCAAGACAAACUUUUUUCCAAGCUGGGGGAAUUGUACACUUUGAAAAAAGGAGAUUUGAGUUUUCUCGACUUGUUUGUCGCGCAUUACAAAGCCAAGGGACCUGAUGGUGAUGAUGAUAGUUCAGUUAUGGAUCGUUUGGACCUACAUCGAGACGGUACGCUACUCUCGUUUUCGUUACUUCUCAACUCGGAGAAUGAUUUCACUGGUGGGGGUACCUUUUACGAUGGCUUGAGAGAUGUGGAGACCAAUGGCAUUUUGCAAAAAGGUGGUGUGAUUCGACCGAACCAAGGCGAUGCCGUUCUUCAUUGUGGCAAGAUUCUCCAUGGGGCUGAUGUUGUGACUAAAGGGGAGAGAACUGUACUCGUUGGGUUUGUAGAAGUAGCCGAGUACUGCACUCGAAAGGGUGCAAUGGGUCGGGCUGCCACAGACUUCGGAAGAAUGGAUGUAGCUACCCGACGACUUCAACGGCAACGAAAGAUGGGGAACAAGAGUUGGAAAUUGCAGAAUGGCAAGUUUUUGACAGGUCACAGUCAUUUACAACGAAUUGCCCCGGUAUUUGACAGUGUAAUCCGUCGAGGUGACCCAGAAUACCAACGGCAGUUCAAAUUGGAAGCAGAGGAUACGUUACUACGAAGCGUUCUUCUCCCAGAAGAAGAGAGAGCUGUAGAUCCUCUGUUUCAAGAGUUUUCAGUCCUAUGA